GCCAAUGGUACCAUGUGGAAGGCUGUCCUCCGAGUGCACCUGGUCUUUGACGCUGACAGCCAACUGGUCCCCUUUCCCUCCAGUCAGUUGCUGGAAACCAGCCUGCUGGGGGCCCUGGAGGCUGUGGUGGAUUCUGUACUGCAGGUAACCCGCACCAGGAAGGAGAAGCCAGUGACCCAACCUGAGCAGAGUUCUGGAGAGACAGAGACUCUCAGAAGUCAGGACUUGGCGGUGGUACUGUGCAAUCCCCAGCCAAGUGCCCUUCGAGAAGCAGAUAAAGGAGGCCCUGAGGCCCUGGCCCCCGAGUCCCCUGAUGAGCUGCUCCAGAGUCUGCCUGCUGAGGUGCUCUGUGGCCAGGAGCCACAGCUGGUGCACCAUCUGGAUCUGAAGGUCAUCGGGGGCCUGGAGGUGAGUGGGCACCGGCUGAGGAGCCAGUACCCAGUGCCUUCGAGGGAGCAACUGGAGCGGGACCUGCGCUCGGACAGCAGUAUCCAGGAGGCCCUGGCCAGCCAGCGGGCUUUGCUGGCGGAGGCACUGAGUGAGACUCAGGAGAUCUGCAAGCAGCACACGUGGGUGGCAGAGAUCCACAGCUUUGCUCACAGCUGGAGCCCCAAGCAGCUGGAGCUGAUGAAGGGCUGGCCCGCGGGCAAAUAUGUGCAGCGAGUCGUACAGCUGCGUGCCUGGGCAGAACGUGUCAGAGAGGUGCCCUCCAUGGUCAUCACCUGCAACCGGCUCCUCUUGGUGGAUUGCAGCAGCGUGCAGCAGGAGAUUGUGCCCCUGCUUUACUCCAUCAUCAAAGAGAUCCUCUCCCUACUGUUCAGCGAGACGUCUCAGCGCAGCGAGAUCCUCAUUUCCCAGCUUGGUGGGGUCGUGCAGCUCUACCAGAGCGUCAGCACUGACAUCUUCACCAUCGCCAAGUGCUCCCAGAAGCUGGAGCAAUACCAGGGCCAGAUGACAGAGCUGCAGGAGCGCGUGGAGUAUGUGCGAGCUCUGAACGAGGUGAUCCGUCAGCACUUCUGCCCACUCAGCCUGGAUGAGGAGAACCUGGAGAACCUGCUCCUGGACACCUGGGAGGCCUUCGUGUACCAGCAGCAGGAGGCCUCAGACUUCAUUGUCUCACGGCGUCUCAGCAUCAUUGCUGAGCUUGUAGACUCGCUGCAGAGAGCCAGACAGGAGCUGCAGGAGUUGCUGACCAUGGCCACCACAGGGCAGUUCCUGGACCCCUCCCAGAGCCCACGUGCAAUGGAGCAAGAGCUGCGAGAGCUGCACCGCCGCUUCCAGGCCAUGACCACCCGUGUGGCUGAGCUGUGCCGCUCCCAGAAGAUCCUCACAGGGGAGCAGACAGACGUCUCCUUUGUGGCCAGGAGCCGGGGGCUCAUUGAAGCCCAUGAGCACGUCUGGAGGCUGUUCCGCACCAUCUCUGAGCAGAUCACUGAAUGGAGGUGCCUCGCCUUCAGCAAGUUCAACACCCCCCUGGCCACAGAGAAGAUGGCUGAGUGGCAGAGGGAAGCGUCCCACAUGGAAGAGUCCCUGCCUGCCGAUCACUCCAUCCUGCAGGCCUGUGUGCACAUGAUCACUAGUUUCCAGCAGUUUCUGCCCCUACUUCAGAAGCUGGCCAGCUCACUCAUGAAGAGUAGCUGCUGGAGGGAGUUCUUCACGGCAAUGGGAGUGAAGUACCCUGUCAACCUGCAGUUCACGCUGGGCCAGCUGCUGUCCUACCCAUUACUGGAGCACAGCGAUACCAUCCUCAAGAUCUGGUCAAGCGAGCGAGGCCAUUGCCGCUCCCUGGACGUCCUGCGCCGGCUCCAGAAGACCUGGGCUGAGAGGCAGUUCCGCUUGAUCAACUUCAUCCUGAGUGUGCCCUACCAGGCCCCACUGCCCGACCGUGCCCACCGGCCGCCUAGCAGGCGCUACCGCCCACCCAAACAGGAGUAUGUCUCCAAGGACAGCGGCACCUUUGUGCUGGCUGACACAGCAGAACUCAAGGCCCUGACAGAGAAAAGCCUGCUAACCUUGAAGAACAUCAUCCUCUCACCCCACGCCAUGGAGCUCCGGGAGGAGGCAGAGAGCUGGACCAGUAUCUUGCGUGGAUUUGGAGCCCUGCUGGAUGUCUGGGUCAGUUUCCAGCAGAAGUGGAUUUUCCUGAAUAUCGUACUGUAUGAGAUGGACAUCAGUCUGCCCAGCAGUGAGCUGGAUUGCCUGUUCCAGAAGCUGGACAGCAAGUUCCGGGAGCUCAUGCAGGUGACAUCCAAGCACCCCCUGGUGCUAUCCAGCAUGAUGCCUAUGGCCACCUCCAACCGGGAGAGCCGCUUUAUGGGUGUUCCCCUGCACACCAUGCUGAGUGAGGGUGUUGAGGACCUGCAGCUCAUCAUCCACGCAUUGGAGUACGUGCUGGAGGCUACACGCAUGGGCUUUCCCCGCCUCUUCUUCCUCAGCAACACAGAGGUGGUGGCUAUGAUGGCCUCACCUGCGGAGCCCAUGGAGGUGACCACCUGGGCCCGCCGCUGCUUCCCAGCUGUGCACCAGCUGGCCUUCUGUGAGCUCUCAACCACUCAAGACCCUGCCACCUAUGCUGUCCUGCUGCCCAUGGCAGAGGCCACAGGCCUGGUGGGAGCCUGUGGGGAGAUGGUGCCGCUGUGUUCCCCGUUGCUUCUCAACCAGAAGAUCACUAAAUGGCUGUGCACCCUGGAGCAGAGCAUGAAGGAGGCCCUCUUCCACCUGCUGCAGGCAUGCAUGGCCCAGCGCCUGGCCCUGCGGCCCCAGCUCGACGUGGCCUUCGAGCAGCGCCCAGCUCCCACCGAGCUGCCGCUGCAUCUGCUGGUGGAGCACUGGCGGCAGCUGGCAACAGGCUUCCCGGCCCAGUGCGUGCUGCUGGCCGAGGAGGCCUUGUGGUUUGCGGAUGUGCAGGAGCGGCUCUUCGGCCCUGUGCGCAGGCCUGGCCUCAAGCUCAAGCACCGACUCAAGCUGGAGGCCCUGGCCCACUAUGUCCACAACUACCGCAGCAGCUGCGCCGGGCAGCCGGGCAGUGCCCAGCUCAGCAUGCUACUGGGGGCCCUGCUUACUGUCACCGUGCGCCAGCGCGAUGUGCUAGCCCACCUGCUGCAGCGCAAGGUCGACUCACCCACCGCCUUUGCCUGGGCCCAGCUGCUCAAGUACCGGCUGGUCCUGCACCCCACGAGUGCCAGAGCAGUCGGGGGCCCCCUUGAGAGCUGGGCUGCCAGUCCCCCUGGCUGCUGGGCCGAGAUCCUUGACAUCCGCCUGCACUACGACUAUGAGUAUGUGGGGAACUGCCCCCACCUGGUGGGGAGCCCCCAGCUGGAGAGGAGCUUCCUGGGCUUAUUGCUCGCCCUGGAGGAGUUCCGCUGUGGCGCAGCUCUGGGCUGCCACGGGGUCGGGAAGACGGCCACCAUGCAGCAGCUGGCCAGGGCUCUGGGGCGCCAGCUUGUCACCCUGCACUGCUCCCAGCAGAUGAGCCUGGACUGCCUCCGCCAACACCUGAGUGGGGCUGUGCAGGCCGGCGCCUGGCUGGUGCUGGAGGCUGUGGACCAGCUGGGGCCCAGUGUCCUGUCAGGGUUCAGCCAGCUCCUGUCAGACCUGCAGAUGCUGUGCAUGGGCCUGCAGGCGGAGAAGGGCCAGGUGACCCCCAGCCACAAAUCCAAGAGCAGCGAUGGGGAGGGACAGGAGCAGCCUGCCAGGGCCGUGCCAGAGCUGGGCCUGGAUGAAGCAGAGCCGUACCAGCCCCGCGUGCUGGGCAACAUCCUCUUCGGGGAGCGGUUGCUGCGGGUCAGGGAGACCUAUGGGUGCCUGGCCACCCUGCAGUGUCUCCCUGAGCUCCUGCGCCUGGCCUUGCGCCCCGUGGCCCUGCUGCCCCCUGACCUGCACAAGGUGGCCGAGGUGACCUUGCUGGCAGCUGGCUUCCGGGAAGCCGCACACCUGGCCAAGAAGUUGAGCUAUUUCUUCUGGCUGGAGGGGGAGCUGGGCCCGGGCCCUGCACCCUGCCGGCUGGCCCUGUUCAAGGGGGUCGUUGAGGCAGCCAUUGACAUUGCGUAUCCGCCUGUGGUGAGGCCAGAGCCAGAGCCUGGGGAGCAGAUCACAGCCCAGCAGUCAUCCUUUGAGAGCCUGGCUGAGGAGCCUGCCCUCGUCCAAGCUCUCUGCCUCUCGCCCUUCUUGUCUGCCCUGGAGGACCCCCAGCUGAGCAGAGUGUGGGAGCUGCUCCGAGGGGUCUUCCCUGCCUCCUGCUCCCUGGUCCCUGAGGUCCAUGCGCCCCCCAGGCUGCUGAGUGCUGUGACAGCACAGCUGCACGAGGACAAGCUCCACGCAGACCCUGAGCUCACCAGCACCAUAGUGCAGCUUUGCCAGGCCCUGCUGGGCUCGCCGGGGGUCCUGCUGGUGGGGCCAUCUGGCAGCGGCAAGACCACAGCCUGGAAGACCCUGGCUAAGGUGCUGAGCAGGCUGGCUGUGAGUGAGUCCCUGGAGCUGGCGCCAGGAGUGGGCAGGCCAGGCACUCGGCAGGACGUGGCAUACCUGCCCAUCAGCACUGUCUGCCUCUACCCCAACAGCCUCAGCACUGCUGAAUUCCUGGGCAGGCUUAUGGGAGGCAUCUGGAGGGAGGGCGUUUUCUCCAGGCUCCUGCAGAGAAUGGCUUCCUCAGCCCCUGCCGCUGGGCUGGGCAUGUCAGGCACCCAGCAAUGGCUGGUGCUGGACGGGUCUGCCAGCUCCGAGUGGCUGGAUCCCAUCUCAUCGCUGUUCAGUGCAGAGCCCACUCUCAGCCUGCCAAGUGGGCAGCGGCUCCAUCCCCCAGAGGGUGUGAAGUUCCUCUUUGAGCUGCCUGAUGUCUCCAGCAUCUCACCAUCCAUCUCCACACACUGCGCCCUCCUGCACUGCGGGGGCUCGAGUGUCUGGCGAGCACUGCUGGCCUCAUCCCUAGCCACCGUCUACCACACAUACAGCGUGAGCCAGGAGAGCGUGGUCAUGCUGCGUGGCCUUGCUGAGGACGUCUUCCCCCCCACGCUCACCUUCCUGCAGCAGCAUUGCAGCUCUGUGCUGCAGCCUCAUGCCGACCUGCGCAGCCCCAUAGCCUGGGGCAUCCCAGAGACCACAGCCUUCACCAGGCUCCUGAAGGCUCUGCUGGACAAACACCUGAGCCAUGACAAGAUGAAGGCCCAGCCCCUGAGAAGAGAGGACCAGGCAGUGGUGGAGAACAGCGUUGCUGGGGUCUCAGCUGUCCCGUCACACUGGGGCUUGGAUGAAGCUGUCCCGCCUCAUCAUCACCUGCUUGUCCGUAGCAUCUUCGUGUUUGCCUACAUCUGGGGUUUCAGUGGCCACCUGCACCCCAGACACUGGGCCAUCUUUGACAGCUUUGCCCGUAGAGUCCUGUACAGCAGCAGCUACACCGUAGAGCUGCCUUCAGCCAAUUCUGUCUUUGACCUCUAUCCCCAGCCUGAGGAUGGAAAACUGGAGGUCUUUGAUGGGAAGUAUCUGUCCAGCAGAAUCAAGGCAGUUCCUGUGAGCUUCACCAUCCUGCCCCAGUACGAGCGGCUCCUCUACGUGCUGGACCUGCUUCUGGGCUCGAGGCAGCCAGUGCUCCUGGCUGGGGAGCCUGGCUGUGGCAAGUCGUCCUUCGCGGAGCUGCUGAUCCAGCCCAAUCACUCCUACCAUCGUGUCGCCAUCUCACCUGCCCUCGACGUGGGCUACGUGCGCCGGCUGCUGGAGAGCCACAUCCUGAGCAGCAUGCGGGGCAAGGCCCUGUUCACCGGCCUCCCUGGAUCCCGGGCCCCUGGCGCCAGGGCUGGGAAGAGCUGCUACCUGCUCCUGCUGGAUGACUUGCACGCCGCCGAGCUGGAUGCCAGGCAGGGGAGUCACCCCGUGGUGGAGACCCUGCGCCAGGCCCUCUCCCACCAGGAGGUCUACGGCGCUGAGAGCCUGGAGCUCCGACACAUCCCUUCAGCAGAGUUCAAUUGCUUUGGCUUGGUAGCUGCUCCAGCAAUUGGCGUGCACCCCCUCUCCCCUCGCUUCACUCGGCUCUGCAGCAUCCUCUCGCUCCCCAGCAUCUCCAGGGAGUCUCUGAUCAGCAUCCACAGCCCCCUGGUCCUGGCCUGGCUGGAGAAGUUCCCCCUGCUGGCCAGGCACAGCGAGCUGGCCACUGCCCUGGUGGGGGCCACUGUGGACGUGUACGAGGCCGUGAAGGCCAGGUUCUGCCCCUCCCCCACCUGCUCCCCCUACCACUUCUCCUACCACCACAUCAAGAAGGUUCUCAGGGGCCUCUUCCUCCUGUGGCCCUGCCCCGGGAUCCACCUCACCAGCCCCUUGGAGGACCCCAGCGCGCCCAAGGCUUCAAAGCGAGGCCAGCCGGGGAUAAGCCUGAGCCUCACGCUGAGCACCCGGGUCAUCGUCCGUCUCUGGCUGCACGAGUCGCUGCGCACCUUCUGCGACCCACUGCUGUCGGAGCGCGAGCGGCAGGAGAGCGGGCAGCUGCUGCUGGAUGUGGCUGCCAGCACUUUCUGCACCAAGAGGAGCGUGCUGAGGGUGAUCACCACCAGCGACAGGGAGCCGCAGCAGUGCAAGCGAGCCAGGAGCGUCACGGAGCUCGCCGGGAAAGUCACUGCCAUGGAGCUGGGCGCUGAGAGCCAUGAGGAGUCUUCCUCACAGAGCAGCAGCGACGGGGACUGCCCGGACGCCUUUGAUCCCAUAGACCAGGCCCCCGCCUUGGCCCUGGACCGGCCGGACGCAGCGCCUUCUGGGGACUCUGCCCUGGCCGCACUGGAGCCCAAGGGGGCAGAGGUGACUGGGAUGAGGAGAGUGGCUUCCAUCCAGCCCUCUCCAGCCCUGCACCCUCGCUUCCAGGAGCAGCACCUGGCCAUGGGGCGCCGCACCAGCGCCCGCCAAACCACCCCUCUGAAGAGCAAGCACAGGCCCUUUACCAAAAAGGACAACACCAAGCCCCUGCUGCCCUCCCACCUCCUGCUGCUGCCAGGGGAGGACGUACGCAACAUCCUCUUCAGCAGGGAGCUGGCGCUGGCCUCCCCCAGCCGGGAGAGCCUCUACCAGGAGAGGUGCUGGGAAGCCAUCCAGCAGCAGUUCAGCACCUUCCUCCCCAGGGGCUUUGUGCUGUGCAGAGAAGUCACCCAGCACCUGGUGCGCCUGCUGCGGGUGCUGUGCUGCCCAGAGGGGCAUGGCGCCCUCCUCUCCCUGCACCUCUCCACCGGCAGGAGGUCCCUGGUGGCCCUGGUUGCCCACGCCACUGCCUCCCAGCUCUUUGAGCUGACAGGGCAGGCAGGGGAGCGGGAGGUGAGGGAGCUGAUCAGGAAAGCCAGCUGGCAGGCUGGGAUCCUGGACACAAGAGUCGUGGUGCUGGUGCACCAGGGGGUGGGGCUGGGCACCAUGCAGAAGUUGGUGGAUCUGAUGAGAGAGGGCACCUACCCUGGCCUGUACACCACUGAAGACACUGCACACAUCGUGAAGGAACUGCUGCAGGAGAACCAGAACAUCAAAAGAACGAUGAGGCCUAACAUGGUCCUGCAAAGGUUCUACCAGUUUGUGAGGAACAAUCUGCACAUGCUGCUGCUGCUGGAUGGGCGCAAGGGCUGGGCACAGGGCAGGGGGCACUUGGGUUACCCCACAGCCAUGGCCACAGCCCUGCUCACCCUCCCCUGCAGCAUUGACGUGUACCAGCCCUGGAGCCAGGAGUCCUUGGUGCAGGUGGCUACUCAGCACCUGGAAGAUGCCCUCAACCAGCAGCCCCUGAAGAGCCCAGUCCCAGCGUCACUGCAGGCCCUGGAGAAUUCGCUUGCCAGCAUUGCCUCAGCCAUGGCUCUGAUUCACUGCUCUGCCAGCUGCUAUGCCACACACUUGGCCCCAAGCAUGCCCCUCAUCACCCCAAAGACCUUCCUGGAUUUCCUCGACGCUUUCCUCAUGCUCUCAGCACAGUUGCAGAGCCAGAGCCGGACUCAGGCUGAUCGGAUGAAGCUUGCUCUGACCAAGUUGCAGGCAGUGAGUGAGAAGCAGCGGGAGCACAGCCGGGACAUCAAGUACUUGCAGGAGAAACUUCGCCUGGCCAAGGAGAAAGUGGCCAGGUGCCAACGGCGGGCAGAGCGUGAAGAGGUGGUGCAGAAGCAGCAGGAGCAGGAUUGUCAGCACCGCGAGGCACGCAUCGAGAUCCUUACACAAGAGCAACACCUCUUGGAGCAGAGCAAGGAGUCUGCCACGAGAAAGAUGAACACGGAGUACAAGGCGGCACUGGCUGGACUGCAGGUGCAGGACAUUGAGGAGUUGCGGAGCUACCGGUUACCACCAGCAUCCAUCCUCAGGGUGACGGAUACCCUGUGCAUGAUGUUCCGUAAGGAGCCUGGCUGGGAGAGUGCCAAGCAGCUGCUGGGCCAAGAGGACUUCUACCAGGUGCCAGGAGGGACUGUUGUAUUGAUUUAGACGGAGCCAGGGGGCCCAGUUGCUGUCCGGCAUUGAGCAGUGUUAAACAAGGUGUGAGGGCUGGUGGGCGGAGCCCUCAGUCUGCUUGGCACCACAGCCAGCACACCAGCAAACAUCUCUGUAGCCCGUUAGUAGUGAUAUGGAUGAGAGGGGAGGGAGCUGACCCUUGCCUAUAGAGCAAUGAAUGAGGCUUUUGUUUGAAUGGCAUCCUUUCCCCUUUGCCUGUAGCUGAUCAAGUUUCAGCAGGAAGCCCCUGGGUUCUGCAGGCCCUCAGGUGUAUCAGAGAUGCUGAUAACGCUGUUUUUGAGGGGAAACAAGGAGAUGAGCUGAGAGGGACUGGAGCUGGUGCUGCUGCACAGUCCCAGCCCAUUUCAGCUCAGGUAGUGGCCAGGAUCCAGCUGGAGCUGAGGUGGUGUGGGAAAAAGGAUCUAUCUGGGUCCUUUUUGUCCCAGGUUGGUCAGAACGUCCCUCAGGCAUAGCAGAGAAGGCCCCGGGUCCCAGGAGAUGGUGGAUGUGGCAGAUGCUGGUGAUGUUUGCUCGAGUAGCCUCCAUCUGUUCUCGCCUUCUACCAAAAUCUCUUUCUCUAAGGACCCCAAAAGGCGGUGAUGGCGGAAUGGCCCACCCCUCAUUAUUCUGUCCACCAAUCAGGCCUAAUAUCCAGCACACCAAUUUUAGUUGAUUGAUUUCCAGUUACAUGUCAUCUGAUUUUUACUAAGCAUGAUUUUAACCCAGUCCUGGAGUUAUAUUCCCAUGCCUUCUGCACCCCGGCAAUGUACCCUGUGCUGCUGCCCCAGAAACAGUACCCCUCAACUCCCUGGUUCCACCUCAGUUCCUAGGCUCCUCAGCACAAGGCACCGGACAGGUUUAUAGGAACAGUGGACUGGAGUUUAUUGAGUGAAAAUGCUUCAGCUAAAAGCAAGUGCAAGAGUUUGGGAACAUGAGUUUAUAAUUAAAAGAAAAACAUAAACACAAUCUGUGUUAUCCCUCUCAA